AUGUUCACCAGAUUUGAGUGUUUAGCCAAUGAGAUUAUAUACGAAAUAUUUGAUUAUUUAGACUCUAUCUUUAUCUUUUGUGCAUUUUAUAAUCUAAAUCAACGUUUUCAACAAUUUAUUUUACCAUAUACAUGGACGAUCGAUUUAACAAAUGUCUCUUACAGCAUAUAUCAUUAUUAUUAUUCACAAAUUGCUGGAAAUUUUCAUAAGAAUGUACGCCAACUUAAAAUCGGUGGUGAGAAAGCAUCAUGUCAACAACUGAAUAUGUUAACAUUGAUUCCACUUGGUUUUCAUCCAAAUUUGACAUCGUUAUCUGUUUCAAAUAUUCCAUCGCACUCACUUUUGAUUCCACUAAAUCAAAUUCUAUUAAAUAAUCAACAAUUAAAACAGUUAUCAAUAAAAAAUGUAUAUUUCAAAUUUCUUGUUACAACAACAAUAACACAUUUAACAAUUUGUUUAUUAACUGUUACAGAACUUUUUCAUUUAUUCGAUUUAAUACCAUGUGUUCAAUAUUUAAAUACACAAUUAAAAACAUUUGAUGAUGGUUGGGAUAACAUUCGACUUGAACAAAAGUGUCAAGAUAUGAAAAAAAAAUUACCAAAUUUAAAUACCUUUCAUUUACAUAUUGAGAAUUUAGUGUAUGACGAAAUGUUACGAUUAUUACUAGAAAAUCUACAACAUUUAACAAGAUUAUCUUUGUUACUCCAUUAUUGUCGUUCUCCAUGUUUUUAUCUGCCAGUUGAACAAUAUUAUGCAUUGUUAGCAAUGUCAAAAUUAGAAAAAUUAGAAUUUUUAAUUACAUUUGGCACAAAUGAUGAAUCAACAACAAUAGAUACAAUAAUAAAUUUAUUUAAAACAAAUUAUUUUCUCGAUAAGAAAUUAAUAGUUGGCUGUCAUUUAGUAGAAAAUAAUUACUAUGUCAUAUACUCAUUACCAUAUUCAUUCUCAAAUAUUGAAUUGUCAAAUAAAUUUCUUCAACGUCAAACUAAUAUCGAAACAAAUGAAAAAUAUUUAUGGAAACAAGUGACAAAUAUUAAAAUUAUAUUGUCAACGUCAUUACCAUCUGCUGAAAGCUUAUUGAACACUAUUAAUUUAUUAUUUCCAAAUGUAAUCGAUUUACAAGUAAAUAUUGCGGAUGAUAAUGAUGGCGGGAAUUUAGUAACAUGUACCAGUAAUAAUAUUUUCAAUUUAAAUUACAAAUUAAAUGUUCAAAAGUUAAAAUUUAAUACAGUAUCGCAUGAUAAUUUAGCAGUCUUGCUACUUUUACACUAUUUUCCAUCAAAAUUGGAACUAUCGUUCAAUUUAUUUUCCAUUAUGACUAUUGCUCCAAAUAAUGAAACAAUCUUUUUUAAUAUUCAAGAAUUAACAAUGGUAUCAAAAUUUAAUUUUAAUUUGUCUAAAAUUUGUCAAUAUUUUUCUAAUGUUCGCAAAUUAAUAUUAUCAAUUCUUGAUCGAAAUAAGAAUAGUUGGCGCAAUGGUUAUUUUAAGAGAAAACAAGUUGAUUUUAUUUUAGAUAAUAUGAAAGAAUUAUGUUAUUUAGAAAUGAAACCGUUUAUAGACUUGAAAUCAUUUUAUGAUUUUAAAAAACAAAGAUUUUUAACACGUAUUAAAGGUUUUCAAUUUGAAUAUUUUGAGCGUUGUUGUGUUAAGUUAAUAAAGUGA